CGCAGGACCCCGGGGCGGGCCCGGGCUGCCCGGCGCUGCGUCCUCAGGACCCCGGCGGCUACCCGUGUGGAGGUGAGUCUGUGGGAGCUGCCGCCGUCGCUGCCGCCGCUGUCCCGUUCAAGCCGCCGCUCUGCGCGGCUCCCCCGCCGGCCAGGAUGCUGGAGGAAGCGGGCGAGGUGCUGGAGAACAUGCUGAAGGCGUCGUGCCUGCCGCUCGGCUUCAUCGUCUUCCUGCCCGCCGUGCUGCUGCUGGUGGCGCCGCCGCUGCCCGCCGCCGAUGCGGCGCACGAGUUCACCGUCUACCGCAUGCAGCAGUAUGACCUGCAAGGACAGCCCUACGGCACACGGAACGCAGUGCUCAACACGGAGGCGCGAACCAUCGAUGCAGAUGUGUUGAGCCGCCGCUGCGUGCUCAUGCGGUUGCUGGACUUCUCCUACGAGCAGUACCAGAAGGCUCUACGGCAGUUGGCUGGCGCCGUGGUCAUCAUCCUGCCACGGGCCAUGGCGGCCGUGCCCCAGGACGUCAUUCGGCAAUUCAUGGAGAUUGAGCCUGAGAUGCUGGCCAUGGAGACCAUUGUUCCUGUGUACUUCGCUGUGGAAGACGAGGCCCUGCUCUCCAUCUAUGAGCAGACUCAGGCUGCCUCUGCCUCCCAGGGAUCUGCUUCUGCUGCCGAAGUGCUGCUCCACACUGCCACUGCCAAUGGCUUCCAGAUGGUCACCAGCGGGGUCCAGAGCAAGGCCUUGAGUGACUGGCUCAUCACCAGUGUGGAGGGACGGCUGACGGGCCUGGGUGGAGAGGACCUUCCCACGAUCGUCAUUGUGGCUCACUAUGAUGCCUUUGGAGUGGCUCCUUGGCUGUCACAUGGCGCAGACUCCAACGGGAGCGGCAUCUCCGUGCUGCUGGAGCUCGCCCGCCUCUUCUCCAGGCUGUACACCUACAAGCGCACCCACGCUGCGUAUAAUCUCCUGUUCUUUGCGUCUGGAGGGGGCAAAUUUAACUAUCAGGGGACCAAGCGCUGGUUAGAAGACAACCUGGACCACACAGAUUCCAGCCUGCUCCAGGACAACGUGGCUUUCGUCCUCUGCCUGGACACCGUGGGCCGGGGGAAUAACUUGCACCUGCACGUGUCCAAGCCGCCCAGGGAGGGGACGCUGCAGCACGCCUUCCUGCGGGAGCUGGAGAUGGUGGCUGCUCACCAGUUCCCGGAGGUGCGCUUCUCGAUGGUGCACAAGAAGAUCAACCUGGCAGAGGACAUCCUGGCCUGGGAGCACGAGCGCUUCGCCAUCCGCCGGCUGCCGGCCUUCACCCUGUCCCACCUGGAGAGCCACCGUGAUGGCCAGCGCAGCAGCAUAAUGGACGUGCGGUCCCGGGUUGACUCUAAAACCCUGACCCGCAACACAAGGCUCAUCGCAGAGGCCCUGACUCGAGUCAUCUACAACCUGACUGAGAAGGGGACGCCCCCGGACAUGCCUGUCUUCACAGAGCAGAUGAUCCAGCAGGAACAGCUGGACUCGGUGAUGGACUGGCUCACCAACCAGCCCCGGGCUGCCCAGUUAGUGGACAAAGAUGGCACGUUCCUCAACACCCUGGAGCACUACCUGAGCCGCUACCUGAAGGAGGUGAAGCAGCACCACAUCAAGGCUGACAAACGGGACCCCGAGUUUGUCUUCUACGACCAGCUGAAGCAGGUGAUGAAUGCCUACAGGGUCAAACCAGCCAUUUUCGACCUGCUCCUGGCCGUCUGCAUCGGCGCCUACCUCGGCAUGGCCUACACAGCGGUCCAGCACUUCGACCUCCUGUACAAAACAGGGGUUCUUUCUCUGUUUGUCCUUCGAACUCCCUCGGAGGAGCAUGGGGUAGAGUUCUGGGGCCAGACCACGGACUGGGGACAAGCGGUGGCUGAGCCCCUGGCCCGGGAGAUGGCCCUUCGGCCCUCAGGCGCUAAGCCGCGCUUGUCCCGGAUGCUCUCUUCAUGUUGGUCUGAGAGGGCAGCACCAGCCUCUGGGCCCCAGCUUGUAGCUCUGGCCUUGGAAGGUUAUGUCUCCUUCCUGAGCCAGGGCUGA